AGUUGCAGAAAACGAAUCCAUAUUUGUAGAGAGAGAGAGAGAGAAGAAGAUUACUACUACUACGUAUAGAGCUAGAAGAGGAAUCAAAGCAAAGGAACGAAUAAAUUACAAGUGGAGAAGAAGGACAGUCUUUGUCCUCUUCUUCUCUAACAGUCUUCUUCAUCACUUUGGAAUUGAUUCUCUUCAUCAAAUUCAUACCACUUGCCUCCAGCUCUUUUUCUAUGUCGCCAUUUUUACUUAUUCUUUCUGUCUAAUCAGCGCCAGACCUGGAGAUUGAUAGAUAGAUAAGAAUUUCACAGCAAAAAAUGUUUCUGAAGAGCAGAGGAGGAGAGGAAUUGUCAAAAACUAUGUUACCGAGAAAUUGUACUAUUUUGAUUUGCAUUGGCUGUUUCUGCGCCGGUAUGCUUUUCACCUCUAGAAUGUGGACAAUGCCACCAGAGUCCAAAAGCAUCACUAGAACAACAACUGUUGAAGCUGAAAAGCUAAAACUGAUUUCAGAGGGUUGUAAUACAAGAUCUUUGUAUGAAAAAAAUGUAAAGCCGGAGCCAAACUACAUUCUUGGCAAAGUAUCCAAGACUCAUCGCAAUGUACAGAGUCUGGAUAAAACUAUCUCGCAUCUAGAGAUGGAAUUAGCGGCUGCAAGAGCUCAACAAGAGUCAAUUCUCAACGGAUCUCCCUUGUCAAAUGACUUGAAAAUUGAAAAACCAAGAAAAAGAAAAUAUUCUGUUGUUAUAGGAAUAAACACUGCCUUUAGCAGCAGGAAAAGAAGAGAUUCUGUUCGCGAAACAUGGAUGCCACAAGGUGAAAAAAGGAAAAGGAUGGAGGAAGAGAAGGGGAUAGUUAUGCGGUUUGUCAUUGGUCAUAGCGCCACUGUGGGUGGCAUACUCGAUAAAACAAUUCAAGCUGAGGACAAGAAACAUGGAGAUCUAUUAAUGCUGGAUCAUGUAGAGGGUUAUCUCGAGUUAUCUGCCAAGACAAAGAUAUAUUUUGCUACAGCCGUCAAUUUAUGGGAUGCAGAUUUUUAUGUCAAAGUAGACGACGAUGUUCAUGUAAAUAUAGCAACCUUAGGAGAAACCUUAGCAAGAUACAGGAAGAAACCUCGUGUAUAUAUUGGAUGUAUGAAAUCAGGUCCUGUUUUAGCUCAAAAAGGUGUUAGGUAUCAUGAACCGGAGUAUUGGAAGUUUGGCGAGCCAGGAAACAAGUAUUUCCGUCAUGCAACUGGACAAAUAUACGCCAUUUCACACGAUCUUGCCACUUAUAUAUCAAUAAACCAACAUUUACUGCAUAGAUUUGCUAACGAGGAUGUUUCCCUCGGUUCUUGGUUCAUCGGACUUGACGUCGAGCAUGUAGACGACAGACGGCUAUGCUGUGGAACCCCACCAGAUUGCGAAUGGAAGGCUCAGGCGGGAAACAUUUGUGUAGCUUCGUUCGAUUGGACUUGCAGUGGGAUAUGUAGGUCUAUAGAGAGGAUGAAUGAAGUUCAUCGAAGAUGUGGAGAAAGCGAAAACGCAAUUUGGAAUGCUACAUUCUAAUUAGGCUCCACAUUUUCAGGUUUUAUUUGUGUAUUAUGUUGAGAUUUAAAUGUUUACUUGAUUAAAGAGGGAUGUUGCUGAGCCGACCUUCUAAUUUUUUAAGUAGAGAAGAGUAGGCAAGACUACAAAUGUAGUCAUAUAUUUUAGAAAUAUAUAUAUAUUUUAGAAAUAUAUAUAUAUAUAUAUAUAAAUAUAUAUUAUUAUAUUAUAUAUACACGUGUUAUAAUCGAUUUCAUUUUAUUUUGUAAUCUAUUAUAGAUAAUGAAAGCUCCCCAUUUGCAUA